UUUUUUUUUUCAGAAAAUAGAUUUGUCAAGAAAGACAAAGAAGUAGAAUGCUGUUUAUUUUCUUUUAAAGGAUUAAGUUCAAAAUAUAUAUGGUACUAGAGUAUCUUUUCAGCCAUUAAUUUGUGAGGUAUCAAGGCUCAAGCAUUCAACCUUGGCCAGGUGCUAAAAUGGCUCAGUCCAAUAAGAAAAGUACUGACCUGAGCUUAGCUUCGACACCUGAUGGAUAUCCAGCCCCAGGCUCUGAUAUGCUGCCAUCAGGACUCAAACCCAAGCUAGACCUCAUCUUCUCUGAGGUUGAGAAAAAGCUGCCAGAUAUAGACUUUGAUCUUUCAGAUGUUGAUUCUGACAGUGAGGAGCCACUGAUAUUCCAUCAACAUCUGAAAUCUCUCGAGGAAGAUAAGGACCUUGAUACUAGUCAGGGUAGUGACACACUUACUGACAAUGCUAUGUUUAGUGAAAAUAAAGGUAAAGGCACUAGUGAAAGUCCAGUAACUUUUUUCGACAAUGACAUUGCAUAUGAGUUUCAACGUAGUGGAAUUAACAUUACUCCUCCCCGAGCUGUUUCUUCCUGGGCAGAUAUUCCUGUACCUGCAGAGAAAGAUAAAAACAAACAAGAGAAAGAUGACACCUCAUGGAGCAACAUUCCAAUCAAAAAAUCAGUUUCGUGGAAUGAUAUGUCUAGACCAGAUAAUGAUAUGCCAAAAAUGGAUAAUGACAUUACAGACAAUAGAUAUGCUACUGAAAUGCAAGGACAGUUGAGUUUGAAUAGUUUAGAUGAUAAGUUGAUCAAAAAGAAACUUAAUAGAGAAGCAAGUAGGAAUAAGGAGAAAGAUAUUGCAACAAAUUUAUUAUCCCCAAGAGCACCAAUUUUAUCCACACAGCAGCUAGACAACAUUGAUCUUGAUAGUUUGUUAGAGAGUUUGAACACAGACAAUCAGACAGCUCCACCAGCACCACACCAGGCUUGGUCAGAUCAUUCCAGACCUGAUUCUGGUCGUGGAUCAGGAGAGGGCAGACAAACAGCUGCAGAAAGCAGCUCAGGUAUGACAUUGAUACAGAAGCUGGCUCAAAUGUCGAUGACCCAGUACGGUGAAGAUCUGUCAGACAUAGAUCCUACCACGGGGGCUACCAGGAAACACGAGGUGCACAACAGGGCUCCCAGGGAUAACAGGGAGGUAGAAGAGGAUGUUGAUGAGGAAUCGGAGGUCAUGUCAGCAGGUCAGAGGUCAAAUAAUGAAGUAAAAGAUUUGUGGGAUGAGAAAUGGGCAGAGAAACGUCAGCCAGUUAGGCAGGAAGUCCCGAAGAAGCAGACAGCAUCAUGUGGUACCAACACCAGUGAUAUGCAACCUGUUCGCAUCAUUACACCCCGUGUGCCACCUAGAACACAACCACCUGUUGCAGUGACACAAAAACAGGAAGGGUUUGCAGAGGGGUUGAAAGGUGACAAGGAGUCAACAGUAUUCAUAGAUCUGAGAAACUUUGAGCAGAUACGUCAGGAGCAGCAACACAGCAUUGAGAGAGUUCAAAAAGUUCUUGGCAUUCAACCAGAGCGCAGGAUUGCUGACUCAAGUGAUUCUGACGAGGAUGUUGAGGAGUGGAAGGAGCAGCGACAAAAAUUUAAACAACAGACAGUGUCUAGCGCUAAAUCUACUAGGAAAACCUAUACUUCAGGGGAUAAACCACCUGUACAUAGACAGCCGCCUCGUGUAAUUAACAUGGCAGAUAUACCAUCACGUAUGAGACAGAGUGCAGGGGACUCUUCCGCUUCUGAAACUGCACCAGUUGACAUAGAAGAACAGAAACGCAGGCUUCUAGAAGAAAGAGAAAAAGAAAGACAGCUUGAAAUUGUGAAAAAACUACGUGAACAAAGGGAGAGUGAAAGACAGGCAAAAUUACGUCUACAGAAACGAUUGGAUGCUCUACGACCCAGUGCCUCGGUCAGUGGCAGACAAGAUCCUGCAGAAAACACACCGACUGUAUUUGAACUAGAUGCUUCGUAUGAACCAGCACCAAGAAGCCUGCCCCCUGUGCUAUCUCCAGACACUGUCACUGUACUGCUCACAAUACAUCUGUCUUCCAACGGAGAGAUUGUUCUUCAUAGGGGUAGUGGGAAUAAAAGUGUCGAUACAGGAUAUGGUCUAUCGGCAAGUUACACAGCGUUAUUGACCUGGCUUCUUGCGUUGGUUCCCAACAGCUUUAGUUAUCUACAGGAAGGUGUAGCGGGACCUCAGACACCCUGGAUACUGCCAUUUUAUGUGAUAGGCCUGCAGCAGGUGCUUCUAGAUGGUCAGCUGUGUCUGAUUGUGGCUGUCACUCCAGUGGAACAGUUUGAUGCAAAAUAUGUACAUGGAAAAUCCAAGAAAAAUAAGAAGUCGGAGAGUAAGAACACAACAGUAUUUCAGCAACAUUUACAGAAGUAUUUCUCCACCAACACCUUACACAGUGUAUGUCCAUGGUUACAGAACAUGGUGUCCAUGGAACUGGGACCACCAGGUGCAGAUGAAUCUGAUGAUCAGAAAUACAGUUAUAUGUAUAAGCCUCCAUUACCUAACAUAACAACGAAGCCACUGUCCACAUUUAUACACGUGAACCCUGACCCACAGGCUGCAGUCAAGGUCUUUAACUCUUCUGUCGGAUUCUUCUGGCAGACUGUCGACAGCGACGAGGCCAGGCUCGAUCAGGAUCUUCAUGACGAAGGAAUCAGUUUUGAUACACAGAACACUUUAUCUCUCAUAUAUAAGAAAAUUUAUCAAGAACCUUCAGCUAUGAUGGGAAUUUUAAAUAGAGUGUUACAGUUAGGAUUAGACUUAGCCGGUAUAAGACUUGUUUAUCCGUCGCCGGAGCAAAUGAAUAUUCAACAGACUGAUAACGCAUCUGUGUUGUCUGAAUUGGAGUUGUUAAAUAAUGUUGGUGCAGUUUUGUCGCUGUGUAUACGUGGCACAGCGGCUCGGUCUCUCUGGCUGGAUGCUGUUGGUCCCUCGGACCCAGCUCUAGCUCGGCGCACAGACCCUAAUUCAUUGUGCGCGCUAUAUGGGGGUGAAUCUAGAGACGAGUGUUUGUUGUUCUGUCCUAGAACCCCAGCUCGUGUUCAAACUGAACUUGCACGCUGGUUUGGCGGCAGAGUCCCACCGGGGAAUGUAAUUGAUGUGGGAACACCUUACACCAAGAAAGACUCUCUUAGAAGUGGAAGCCCCAAAGGCAGGCGGGGCAAAAAAGUGUCAUUCACAGAUAGUAAAGAGACAAGUGGCAAAAGUAAAGAUUCAAUAGAGGAAGUACAUAGACCCCUAGCUACUCUCACAGCCACUACAAAAAGUGAAAUUAUAUUAGUGAUAUCUCCUUUAGUGCCACCACAAUGCUUUGGAAUUAUUUUAGCAUCAUGUCAGAGAAGAGGGUACCAGGUGACUGGGGUUCGAAGGACCAGGCUGUCUAACAAAAGGGCAGCAGCUAUGGGAAUCACAGGAGAAGGUCUGAAAGCAUUCUGUCCUGGAUCUGCCUCAGAGUCAUUUGAUGCCAGCCUUGCAGACCAUGUUGACCCCCAGGGUCAUGGUCAGUGGCGUGAAUGUACCUUCCCAUCAACCAUCCUUCAAUUAUUAAAGGAAAAUGCUAGUCACAGUGCGGCCAGUCUUGUAGAAGAUUGUAUGGUGCAACUUACACUGCAGGGCAUUAUGGGUACCUUGCAGAAACGUGAAGGGUACCCUCUAGAAUCUGUACAUAUGUUCCAUGCAGCUAGAUAUUCUGAUGGUUUGCUAUCAACACUUGGUGGAGAUUUCAGCAAGUGCUUUGAUCCGGAGGUUCAAAUCAACCCAAGCUAUGUGAUACCUCAGUUGUUCACCAACCCCGAAUUAGAACAGAUCACAGUUUUGAUGUUGCUAGGAAAUGAUAUUCUGAAAACGUCUGGUUUGUUUAUAGGCAAACUGUUGGGAAUGUUACCAUACAGUCGUCAUCAUCAGUCUUUGCCGUUCAGUGACGGUCUCGAGUUACUGGGUAUGAAGUGGGUGCCAAGGCUCACUGUGUCACAAGCAAAGGAAGUCACACCAUGUGAAGUGGGUGACAGAAUGUGGAAGGAUAGUUUACAUACACUUGCAACAGAACCAUGCUUGGUGCUGGCUCUACGGGGAGUGAAUGCAUUUGCCAAGCUAGAGAGUGUGGUUCAGCCACGUCCGAGCCCCAAGUCUGGGCAGCAGUUCAAUCUGGACAUGAUCCAUGCCAGGACAGCGGAGGAGGCUUACACAUAUAUCAGACUGUUCUUCACUGAGAGAGAGCUGUUCUCAGAUCCACUAGCCAGACCUAUGUUACCAUAUAUACCUGUGUAUCAAACAAAGCAUGACAUGCACCAUUUUGCAAGCUCCAGGAGUGUGAAGGAAACUAGUACAUACCCUCUGGAGGAGACCAUUUUUGAGCAGAUGUUGUCUGGACCUCGUCCCUUCACCACUUUCCUUGUGAUCAAACCUCGGGCUUUCCAGAGACACCUGUCCAAAAUCUUUAAGAAACUUGCCCAGGAAAGCUUCAAAAUUGUCGCUCUAAAGAUACAAAUUCUGACAACAGAACAAGCACAGAGACUGGUACCAAGCAAUCUACAGAAGGAUGAGAUAGAAAAACAUGAGAAACAUUUGACCUCAGGACCAUGUGUAUGUCUGUGUGUACAGAGAGAGAAUGCUGUUAAAAGAUUACUGGACCUGCUGGGACCAGAGGAUCCACAGAGUGCUCGCAGACACAGUCAGUUCUACUGGAGGGGAGUGUUUGGUGUGGAUCCUGUUAGUAAUGCAAUAUAUGCUUCUAAAACAUACAGGGAAGCAGUGGAAGAUGAGAAGUUGUUUUUCCCUGAUGGUUUGUGUUGUGAAGAGACAGAUAUAUCUCUACAGGAAAUGAUAACUUGCCCAGCAGUUGAUCAAGAAAUAGCCGUAAAGUAUUCUUCCCAUAGAGAUGUGGUUAUCAGUACUGCGGUAGACUCUUCAAACACAGAUGCUUCCCAUAUGUUGUUACUACAGACAACAUGUAUUGUACUGACACCACUGCUGAUGAGGCAGCUAGGAUCUCACCAUGGUUACGUGGAUGUUAUUGAUGGUCUUAUUGCUCAAGGGUUUGAGUUUGUUGGAGGUAGAAUGGUGUGGUUUACCCAGGAACAAGCAGAACACUUCUUGUGCUCAAUAGAGGCUGGAAGUUUCCAGCAGGUUCCAAUGCUGGUAUCCAGUCCAUGUUUAGUACUGGCUUUACAACGAGACAAUGCUGUUCUAGCAUUUGAUACAAUACUCAGGGAAACAUUCAGUACAGAAAGCAGCCAAGGUAAAUCAGUGACUGAUUCACUACUACACAAAUAUGGCAGACUUAUUCUCAGACCGUCGGAUCUAAAACAGGCACAGAAUGUACUUGGAUUUUUCUUCAAUAGUUUGUUACCUACCAGCAAGCUACAGAUUGUUCAGAAAUAACUUCAGGGUAGAAGAAGCAGACAAUAACACAUGUAAUCAGCUUUACACCAGAACUAGAAAAGGAAUGGUUUAACAAAGUUAUUAUUGACACAAAUAACUUUAUAGCUGUUCUUGUGCUGAUUUCAAAUGCACACAUAGUAUAUGAUUACUUUGGAAUUCAUUGUGUAAGAGGAGAUAAUACCUUUCUGAUUUCAAAGUUAUAAAUCAUUUUGAUUCAACUCUGCAACCAGGUUACUGUUAGUAGUAUAUACAGUUGAAACUCGGGUUUUUGAAUUUGAAGGGAUUGAACGUUUUAUUUCGAGAUAACAGAAAAUCGACUUAAACUUAUAUUUUUUGCAUGUUUUUUGGACGGGACUUGAAAAUCUCUUCGAAAGAGCUGAAAUUUUGAGAUUAGCAAGUUCAAGAUAUUGAAUUUCAACUGUAUUAAUAUGUGACUUUUGUGCAAGUUGUUUUGUGGAGAUUUGAAAGACUUUUUCUGAAUACCGUGAAUUGCUAAUUAGUGUACCUAUUGGUUUCAAGCUAUUUAUUGUUUGGAAAAUGUAUAACAUUUGUCGUACAUUAUUGCUGUCAGUGAUACCUUCUUCCUUGCUGUCAGUAACUUAUGAUCUGUUUGGUCUGAAUGUUAGCGAGAUGGUAGCAUAUCUAGAUACAAGACAGAAAUCCAUAUUGUAAACAAUAUGCCAGUAUUAUUAUUGUUGUAGGUGCACUGUUUUUAAAUACAAGUAAAGCAAAGCUUAGAGACUACCAGUACAUUUGUAUAUUAGUUUGGUGCAUAUUGGAUAUAUAGUCAUAGAGGCCAGCAGAAAGUACCCCUUCUGUCACCGUCAUUUGUUAUUGCACGCCUUCAGCUUUUGUCACAUUAGUGACUGGCCUUCAGCACUUGCCCCUUAAAGGUCCAAUACUAAGGAAAGUGAACAUUUUAAUUUCUUUUGAAAAGCACAGAAACUAUUCAUUUAUGGAAAAUGAAAGUUGGUAUGUAGAAAUUCGA